AUGGCUACAAUGAGACGAGAAGUCGAGUUUAUCAUUGUAAUGGAAGCCCAAAUCCCUGACCUCUCUAGCACAUUGCCGGAAAAUGAUGAGCUUCUACAUCAUUUGGACAUCAGCCACAACGCAGUGCUACACUUGCAACCUGGAUGUUUUGGAAAGAACAACAUUCUAUCGUUAGACGUUGCUGGAAAUGAACUACCAAGUGUACCAACCGACGCUUUACGAUCUACAUCUGCCAGUCUGUCUAUUCUUAAUUUGGAUCGGAACCGCAUUCGAACACUCGACUCGUCGCAGUUUUUUGAGCUGAGGAAUUUGACAAAACUGAUAAUAUCACGUAAUCGUAUUGAGACUAUAGAAGAAGGCGCCUUCGAACACCUUCCCGCUUUGAAAUAUCUGGACAUCAGCAAUAACCCUGUCAGCACGUGGAGCCCUUCCGCCUUCAGGGAUAUGAGCAGCACAAUGAAUGACAUCAAUCUCGCUAACACGGGACUUUUUUCGAUACCACGAAUGAGCCAUCACGCGAUUCGGCACUUCAAUCUCAGCAUGAACAAGAUCUAUGAUAUCAGCCGUUAUGACUUGGCAAGAACAGCACAGCUUCAUUCCCUCGACAUCUCAUUUAACAACCUUCCCCGAUUCGAGCACGACGUUUUUGAUGAUCUUGUCAAUCUCAAAAUGCUCAACAUAAGCGGAAACCCGAUAAAAGAGAUUCUGGGAGAGCAACUUGAAAGUCUUUAUCAGAUGUACAACAUCGCUCCAAGUGCCCAGCCGUCUAAUGUAACCCAUAUAAUUCAACAUCUGCCACCUUUGCGAUCACUUCACAUAGAACUUCGGGAACCAAUCAUUGACACCCAACUGCGAGACAUUGACAUGACACACGUCAGACAACUGACUAUUACUGGACCAAACAUCACCAAUAUCAGUGCCACAGCACUGCACAUGCUCAGAGGCUAUCGAGUUCAGUUGACCAUUCGAGACACCUCCAUAGAAGAAUUCCCAACAUCACUUCUCACCACUCUUGGGAACGUGUACUUCCUUUCCCUGUCUCUACCGAACAAUCAACUUCGGUCAAUAAAUCCAUUCAAGAACACAGAUCAGCCAUGGGUAAAUCACCAUGGGACCAUAUUAGAGGCACUGGAUUUAUCGGGAAAUCCACUUCAAUGUGGUUGUGCUAUGGCUUGGGUGUCCGAAUGGAUUCAGGCAUCACCAACCAAUGCUCGAGAUCUCGAACUAGCUCAUUGCGAGCACAAAGAAGCUUCUUUUAGGAGCUCUCUUACCUACGUUUCUACAACUGAUAUCGAUAUUAUGGGUACUGGUAUUUUGUUUGAAUUAAUAACAAAGUAA